UGCACAGUGAAUAAAACACUGAUCUGCUGUUGUUCAGUCCAAUGAAGUUCAUUUUCUUAUCUUGAAGCUAUACAGACUAAUCUUGGUGCAAUCAGACGUGGAACUUUAGUAAAUGGACUAUAACAUCCAUUAAAUGGGAUUGUAACCAGUACAGAUUGAUUCCAAGCAUGCUGUAGUGCAAGAUAGAAUUCUGCAUUACUAAUAUCCAUUCAUUUAAAUCUGAAUGUCAUUCGUUGGCUGACUGAGUUUGCUACUACGCUUAGCCAAUUAAUACAUCCAGAUAUGGAUGGGAUUGAUUUCAUAAUUUGGAAGAGUGAGGGACUGAGCAGGGGCUUAUCGGUCUGUGUCAAAGUACUUGUAAACAGUGUGAUACUGAACUCAAGGGUGGCACCAAGACUUUUUUUUAACCAUACCAAUUACAGUGGGCAGUACUGAGUAUUAUUCUUACAGUGCUCCUUCUUUUAAAACCUAUUUUAUCCAGGUCUCUUUAGGAGGUUUUAUAAUGAAAUUUAUUAUUGCCAAAGAAAUGUCCUCUUAUAGGAAUCCGGUGCAUUUUUGACAUAGCAACCGUACAUUAAGGAGAUUUCUGUUUUAUGGUCUCAGGGUUUGGACUUGUGAAGCUGGAGUUGAAGACCAAGUCCUCCAGUGGGGUGGUAAGUAAUUGCCUUGUACCUUCAAGUUUUUGACUUCCAUUGUCUAUGUUCUUCCUUGUUAACUGGUUCUUUUCUGCUUGCACGCUCUCCUGGAAAUCCUGAAGAUGGUAAGACCACAAAAUUCUUCAAGGGGAUUAGAGCAUCAAUAGCUUGUUGUGAAUCUCACUGUUUGCGUAGACUUUAGAAGAUACACACAUUUCCUAUUCUGUACAUUUGCUUACGUUUUCUUAAAAACAAACAAAAAAUGUAUAGCUUAUUAACGCAUGUAUAAAAUUUCGUUUAAUUAGCUAGUUGGGAACGAUCAUAGGAUUUUCGCAAAACUAAUUUUUUCCAAGUGUGCCCAGGGAUUAAGAAUGUAUCAAGUAAGGAUGAAUAAUGUGAGACUUUACUUUUAGCGAAAAAUAUUAUUACAAAUAUCUCUGUCUGGGCAACAUUUCAAGCAGAAGCACUGUACAUACAGACUCCUACGCACAUGGCCACUUCUAAAAGCAGAAAUAGUCAUGGUGGUUGGCGUAACCCUUUAGAUGAGUGGGACUGUCUGUCUGAUCUAUCUCUCUCUCCACUGGGAGAUUCUCGAGUCCCUAUGUACCGUAUAUCCCUUUAAUUAUGUGUUCAUUUUUAUAUGUCCAUGUUCAUUUUGCUUGAUUUCUAAAAUACCCUUCAUAAAGGCUGAUUUGUUAGGACAGCAUUAUUCUGUCGUCGUUCCUUAAGGAGUUGUGUUUAUAUGUUACUGCUCUAAGUACCUUUUCAUGUUUAUUGAAAUAUAAGGUGCUACAAAAAAUAUCUUCUUGAAUCUGCAUAUUUAGGAAUUCACUAGCAGUGGUUCAUCCAACACUGACACAGGGAAGGCAACAGGCAGCCUUGAAACAAAAUACAAACUGAGUGAGGCAGGCAUCACUUUCACCCAGAAAUGGAACACGGACAACACCCUGGGGACUGAAAUUGCCUUGGAAGACAAGGUAAGCUGUGUCUUGUGGUUUUUGGAUGGGUGAAAUACAUCAUUCGGAGGAUGAGAGGUGCAAUGUGAUGUCUCUUCUCUCCACACAGCUGGCUAAGGGUUUGAAGCUAUCUCUUGACACUACAUUUGUUCCCAAUACUGGGUAAGUCAUUCCCUAUACGUGUCUCCUUGUUUUGAGCUAUGUUGGUAAUCCUCUUGCAUGUAAAUUUCUCACUUCCUUUAUGUUUAUGCUGGAUUGGUUAAAUGUUAUUCUGUUUUGUAUAACUGUUAGAUUACAUGAUCUCUUGUUACAUAACCUUUCCUGUCAUUAGAAUUAUGUUUAGUUAUCUCAUCUACUAUCCUCGUAUUAAUAAUUACUAUUAGUGCAUUGUGCUGCACAACACCAGGUGGGCUUGCUCUGUUUAUAUAUUCAUAUAUAUAGAGGUAGGUAACUGUUGUCUAGCUAAUUAGCUGAUUGCUUAGUUCUGUUGAUCAAAAAUAUUUAAUUUGGGUAAGGCGCACACACACAUUAAUCCGUAUGUGGUGCCACUAAGGGCAAACCAUUAAUUCUCUGUUCGUUAUGCCAUUUGAAUAAAGCCUUUUUCAUGUAAUUCCAUCGUUUUCCUUUAGCAUUGCAUUGGAUAAGCGGGAAAUAGAAGCACUGUAUAACAUUUCUAUGCUGCCUACUGAUGCAAAAGAGAUAACCUAUACCAGUGACACACAGUGAGCUAAGAUGGAGGCACCCAGUUGCAGUAGAGUUAUGUAUUUGAAAAUAUUAAAUAUACAAAUUAAAAUUUGUUUAAUAAUGAGGAUAUAGAACCCUAAUGUUAAACCUUCUGGGAACUGACAAUCCACAUAUAAAAUACAUUUUCGAAGUACAAAAAAUUGUGACAUUACAAAAAAUUUAUUUUGCAAAUGGAGCCUUCUCAUGAAUGAUCAAUUUACUGGGAAAGAUAACUGAUUGAAAACCAAUUUGUGCAAAGACGACCACUCAAAAACGCACUAGGAUGAUCGCUCACACUCUUAUUUCUUUUAUUACCAUCAACUCCUCUUUGUUCUCUUACAGGAAAAAAAGUGCUAAACUUCGAACCUCCUACAAGAGAGACUAUGCCAACCUGGGCAGUGACAUUGACCUGGACUUGGCUGGCCCCACCAUCUAUGGCUGGGGAGUUCUGGGAUACCAAGGAUGGCUGGCUGGCUACCAGAUGGCAUUUGACACAGCCAAGUCUAGACUGGCACAGAACAACUUUGCACUGGGCUACACAGCAGGAGACUUCCAGCUGCACACUAAUGUGUGAGUUGUAAACAACAUCUGUAAAUAUGUUUAAUGAUCCCAAAAUCAGUUUGUAUAACAGAGGAGGACAGGAAACCUGUAAGUUUGUUCCAUGAUGUGUAAUGGAGUGUAUUUUAAAUGUAUUACACUGUUGUUGCACAUUUAUUAUGAGAGAGCUGUUGAAGUAUUUUUAUUCACUGAGGGCAUUUUUCUCUUUAUAAUAGUCUACCAGUAUCGGUACCUACACUUAUGAAGUGUCUCUAAGUAGGGGCCAGGAAUAUGAAUGUCAUCUACUGUCUAGCUAGCACACGGUAUUUUCAGAUAAUGGCAUCAUUAUACUUUUGUAGCAGUUUGUCAAAUAUUUUCAUGGUUUUCUGCUAACUCUUUUUCAGAAAUGAUGGCACUGAAUUUGGAGGUUCAAUCUACCAGAAGGUCAACAAAGAUGUGGAGACUUCAGUUAACUUGGCAUGGAGUGCAGGCAGUAACAACACUCGCUUUGGUAUUGCUGCUAAAUACCAACUGGAUUCCAAAACGUCUGUCUCGGUGAGUGGGGGGCUAUGCUUUGGUCUGUGCUCCUUUUAAUGACAAGAAUGUUACUCAAACUACUUCAGGCUAUUUGAGUUGCUUACAGCAAGGAAACUACCUUUUGACAUUUUAUGAGCAUAUUUAUGUGUGGUACUUUAGCCUUCCUCUGCCUUUGUGUUUAUGUCUAACUUUUGUUUUCUUUUCCCUCCCUCUCUUUUUUUCCAUUCUUAGGCCAGUAUAUCACAGAUUUUAUAUGCUUCUAGCCAGUGUUGUUUUUUUUUUUGUAAUUUAGUUUUUUUUAAACAAAAGCAUGCAGUUUGGUACUUGAUUUGGUACAUGUACUUAUACAAUUUUUUUUUAGUGUCCCUAAAAGUCCUAUAAAAAAUGUUUUUAUCUAGUUAUUUGUAUUAAUAAAAAUAACCACCUCCAUUCCGUUCGCACCCGUACGGCCAACUCACGGGUGGCUCCCUUCCUAUGGAAUAGCCUACCUACCGCCAUCAGACGCUCCCCUAGUCUUGCAUCUUUUAAGAAGUGCCUUAAAACCCAUCUCUUUAGGAAAGCUUAUGGCCUCCCAGAGUAACCUCUACCUUACACACCUGUCACUUGCUCUCUCCUAAAGGGCAGCGCUCUACCUCACUCCCACCUUAUUUGAUUGUGAAUUCCUGUCCUAAUGUGUUUUAUACCCCACCUCCUAUAGAAUGUAAGCUCGUUUGAGCAGGCACCUCUUCAACUUAUUGUUCCUGUAAGUUUUUAAUUGUCCUAUUUAUAAUUAAAUCCCCCCCUCUAAUAAUAUUGUAAAGCGCUACGGAAUCUGUUGGCGCUAUAUAAAUGGCAAUAAUAAUAAUAAUUAUUAUUAAUAGUUUUUAAAAGAAAUACCAUUUUUUUUUUUUUUUUUUUAAAUUAUAUACUUGCUCAACACAUAUUUCUGUUUGGGGGGAAAAAAAAGAAUGGCAACCUGAGUAUAUUUGGUUACAUUCUGAUGGAUUGGUCUGAUUGCAUCGGGCCUCAGGGUUAUUCACUAAAUUGUCUAUUUAUGUGGAAUUCUAUAGGUUACAUAUUAAAAUGUGGCUAUUUUGACCCUGAAGCCUGCAAUUCCCAUAAUUUCAAGUUAAGUGAGUAAUGCUGACUUUCUGCAAUCACAUUUUUAAACAAUAAUUGAAAUUCAAUUUACAAUGUUGCUAUUGCUCUGGCACUUCUGAAGAUCCGAUAUAUUGUGGUGAUGGGGAGACGUUAAAUCUAUCUCAAUGUAUCGCUUCCUUUUGCCUUAGAUAUGUUUGGAAUACUGUCCUCAGUUCCUUAACUAUACAUCAGUUGCGUUUUCAACUUGAUGAGCUUUUCUCUCCACGUUUUUGUUUUUCUAAAGUAUCUGAUACAUUAUAUUUAAUAAUUUGGUUUAGGAAAUGUUUAAAAAUGUGUGCACUUUUUUUCUUUUUUUUUUUUGUUUAAUGUAUUUUUAUAUAUAUGUGUGUAAAUUAAAUGUAUUUUCUCUUUCUCUGCAGGCUAAAGUUAAUAAUGCCAGUCUGAUCGGCGUGGGCUACACACAGACCCUCAGACCUGGUGAGUACUCUGUGAAAACCGAUCUGUUUCUGAUUCAUAAUAUGUGGAUGCUGAUUAUCUGUACAAGUGAGGAUGGGAGCACUCUAUCCCCAGUUUUAAACCCAUCUUUGCUCAAACGUAUUGCUGAUCUACAAACAAAUGCACAGUUUGAAGGACUGAAAUUGUCAGAAUGCAUUUUUGAGAUGCCCAGCACUUGUGUGUUAUGUCAGUAUUAAUGUAUGUUUCCUAAUCAAUCAUGGCAGCAUUUACUCCUGGGCUUGCUCCUGCCCUCACAGCAGAAAGGACAGGAAAUAGAACUUUGAAGCUGGUAUAAAUAGAUCCUCCCCCUUCCCAGCACGUGUUUGUUAUGGUAGUAUUGGUGUAUAUUUACUAGCUCUCUAUUACAUGCAUUUGUUUGGUAAGAUAAAGGUUAGUUCUGACCAAGGUGACUAAACAUUGCUAAAAAUACUGUGUGUGUGUAUGUAUUCUCACUAAAUUGUAUACAGUAUAGUAAGUCAUCAAAACGUGUCACAUUCAGUUAACGUUUCAGUUCCUCAUAAGAACUUUCCUCAGGACAAACACGGAGGACAAAAUAAAAUAAGCAGCCGUUCAAAACUAUACACUGUAUCAAUCCUCCCCUAAAAGGGUAAAAUGACCUAGAAGGUGAGUUGACACAGGAUAUAUGGAAACCCCAAAAAUUAUAUAUAGAAAACAAAUUCUACAAUAAAACUGCAAGAAAACAAAUAAUAUAUUAAAUAAAUAUCAUUGCAUUUUAUUAGAUUCUACCUUACCUUACUAAUAGGAGUGCUCACACUACAAAUGUAUAUUUCAGUUUUUUGUUUUCUUUACCAAGUCGCUCUUCUAUGUGUGAGGCUGCCUGCAAUUACUUAUUAUAUUCAGUUUAUUAUAGUGUUGUGUUUUGUGGCACAAUAUAUAUUUCAUAAAACAAUACAUGUACUCUUAUUUUAAAUGAGUUUUUAAUAUUCAAAUCCUAACCUGGUUGACAGGCUUCCAUGCCAAUAACUUGCAUAGUGUUCUACACAGUUCAAAAAUAAAAACAUGAUCCAGCUGAGUAUCUCACUUUUUUUGUUGGAUACCUUUUUAAUAAUUUUGUAAAAUGAGACUUAAUAUGCACAAAAUAUUGUAGCGAAUUAAACACUGGUCACUAAAGUCCUAUCUCUUGCCUUUGUCUGAUACUACUUUGUCUACCUUUUGAACUCUCUGGUGGUAGAUCCUGGAUAAUGAGUUUUUACAGUUAAGUUCCCAAAAUCAACACUAACAUACCCUUCUCAAAAUGAAGUCAUGAAUAUAAUUUGUCAUAGCAUUUUUUUAUUUUUCUCUUCAGGUGUCAAGCUGACUCUUUCUGCCCUAAUCAAUGGGAAAAACUUUAGCUCUGGUGGCCACAAGGUGGGUCUUGGCUUUGAGCUGGAGGCAUAACUGGAAGAGAUUCUUAUGGAAGAUUGUUUGGACCCCUGUCUAACCUCCCUUAUGAGUUGACCACAAAACCAGCCACACAGAAAAUAAUGAGAAAAUACACAAGCAGUGCCAACAUUACUCUGUAGCACCAGGAACAGCGUGUGGAUGUUCAGGAGUAGGUGUUACCUUUUACUUGUGUAGACGAUGUGUAAAAUGCCGAUAUAUGGUGACCAACUUGGCCUCCUUUCUAGGAACUCCAAAGACCCUAAAACUUUGAAGAACUCCCUAAAUAUCCCCAUGACUUUAUCAUUUCUGUUUAAACAUGUGUAAAAUUACUCUACCCUGUAAAAUACUACAAAUUAUCCAGCUAGCCCCUCUUAGGCAUCACUACAGUCAGCUAUUUUAUUUAUUUCAUUAGGCCCCUAUGACCUUUUGAGCUCUAGAGAGCAGUUUUCUUUUUAAAGCUCUCAUCUCUGUAAUCAACACUGGGGAUUUCUCUUGAUUGUGCUAUAAUAAAAAAUUGGCUUAGAUCAUAAACAUAAUUGCUACAAAUCAUGUUUGUUUAGGUCUCCCUUAAACAAUUUGCCAUAAUGAUGUUAAGUAGAUGUUUGGACAAAACUCUUUAAAUGCUUUUGUUACUUUGAAGAGAACUCCCCUUUUCUUGAAUCAAUCAAGUUUUUUUCACAUGUGUUAUAUAGUGAUGAUCUCCUGCUUGCCCCAUUCUGCAUAAAUGUAGAUGGUAGGGGCUGGAGUUGUUAGUCUCAGGCCACUGGGGUAUACAUAUUUUGCUGUCUCUUUGAAGUGAUUAAGAUGCUGCUCACCCAUUCUGAUUGAAAAACAAUAAUGCACGGCCCAUCAUCCCAAGUGUUGUCAUGAAAUAAUGUAAUGUUUAGAUAUCACAAUAAAUGGCCACCUGCACAUUGGAAUGUCCUAUGUACUCACUACUUUUUCUUUUGUAUAACUAAAGUGAAUUUCAAAAGAAUAAUACAUGAAAUAUAGUGGGGAAAUAAAGAAAAAAUAAAAGUAAAAACUGCAAAGGGACAAAGCUUCUUUAAACAAUGUUCAAAUGCUCAACCAGGAAACCACAGAUCUGUAAACUUGAAAAAUGUGAUGGUUGGAAAAUUAUUUAAAGAGCUGUUCAGGGUUAAUGUAGAAGAAUUAAUUCAGAAUAAUAUUAGUAGGAAUAAACAUGGUUUUAUGAAAGACAAGUCAUGGAAACUAAUUUAAUUUUAUGAAUAAGUUGAAAUCUAGAUCAGGCUGUUCAGAUGUGCUCAACGCGGCAAUUUAUUCCGUUUAGUAAAACAACUCCAAUCUUCAUUCAUCAGUAAUUUUAAAAAUCCAUCAAAUAGCAGUAUAACCUGCUUCCACCGUGUAGCUGCUAGUAGAAAUCCGGAAGUCUACACGUUUUGAGGUAACACAGCAGUUUAUCAAGACCCACAAACAGUGUGCGGCUCCCACAGCUGCGUGUCCGUAUAAAACCACCCACCUAGGCACAUCGGAGGAGUAAAACGGAAAGCCUGGUGCCCGACCAUAAGGCACCAGAUCCUUAUAAACAAUACUUUUUGCAUUCAUAUACCCUACAUACAGCAAUACAGAGGUGCCACUACUGAAUGUUCAUAAA